AUGGAAAAAUUCAGGAGGAAAGAGCCGAGGAACACAAGCUUCUUAAACAUUGGAAACCCACCGUCUACCGAGAUACGGGAUGAACCCUUCCCUUUAAACUACAAAACACCGCAGUUAGACGACUACAAUGGAACAAGGGAUCCGAUCACACACUUGAGCUGCUUCCAAGUGGUCAUGAUGGUACAAAGCUUAUCCGAAGCCGCCGGUUUCAAGCUCUUUCCAACAACCCUGAAAGGACCGGCUGCCAUCUGGUAUCAAAGCCUGAAAGAAGGCUCUAUUCGGAGCUCUAACGAGCUCAAACCAGGAGAAAGUUUGCAAAGCUAUAUCGGCAGAUUCAAUGCCGAAGCCGUCGAAGUAGGAAACUUGAAUGAUGAUACCGUGAUAGACGCAAUGAAGGACAACACAACGAUGAUGGCCUUCAGAGAUAACCUGAUAACGAAUCCGGUACAAACUUACUCCCAGCUCAUGGACCGAGCCUGGAAUUAUAUAAAUUUGGACGAAGAACAACUACGAAAAGCCACACAAACGACAACACAGUUCCAAACACCAAAGCCUACUUUCAGUCAGACGGCUAGGCAAGACACGUUCAGGCCAAGAAACCAACAACAAGUCGGUCCACAACGAACAGAACAACACCGUGCAGUGAAAGUAGAAGACCAAUCCUUCAUUCCACUCAAUACACCGAGAUCGCACAUCUUAAUGUGGAUACAGAACACCAAUGAGCCAGUAAGAUACCCACCAAAGCUUCAGUACGAGGGAGAUAGGAAAAAAUACUGCCAAUUCCACGAUGGCCAUGGCCAUGUCACCGAUGAAUGUGGAAGUCUGAAGAAGGAAAUUGACUGA